UCAGUCUAUCGGACAUCAACCCCACGCUCCGGUGGAAGAAAUUCCUGAAAACUCCGGCGAAAUUCCGGCAUUUUCGGUCUCUUCAAUUCCGGCAUUUCACAAACACACAUAGAGACUCAGUUGAUUUCACUUUUCUCUUCCUCUCCUCUGAUCUCUUGAUACAGUCUACAUAUAUAUAGGUACAGAUUACAAUCAUACACGCAUAUAUAUGGGUUCUGAAUUGAUAUUCAGAGGGCAUGAAGCGCCGCCUGUGACGGAGGCGUACUCGCCAAAGCCUCCGAAGCCAUGGUUGAGUGUGAUUCGUCCGGUUCGGUACAUGCUCCGUGAGCAGCGUCUCGUAUUUGUUUUCGUAGGCAUUGCCAUCGCCACCCUCAUCUUCGCCCUCCUCCCCUCAUCCAACACCCCGGCCUCCAUCUCUAACUCGGCUUUCCCCUCCGAGUUGACUCAGUCUCAUAGACUCAUCUACCAGAAUAACCACGCCACUGGUUUCGGAUUUGGGUCGUCCUUCAACUCAGGCGGAAAAAUACCUCUGGGCCUGAAGAGAAAGGGUUUGAGAAUCGUGGUGACCGGUGGGGCCGGGUUCGUCGGAAGCCAUUUGGUUGACCGUCUGAUUAGCAGAGGCGACAGCGUGAUCGUAGUUGACAAUUUCUUCACCGGUAGGAAAGAGAACGUCAUGCACCAUUUUGGAAACCCUAGGUUCGAACUGAUUCGACAUGACGUCGUUGAGCCACUUCUAUUGGAGGUCGAUCAGAUCUACCACCUUGCUUGCCCUGCAUCUCCUGUUCAUUACAAGCACAAUCCUGUCAAGACUAUCAAGACAAAUGUAGUAGGGACAUUAAACAUGCUAGGACUGGCAAAGAGAGUGGGUGCGCGGUUUUUGCUAACGAGCACCAGCGAAGUGUAUGGUGACCCACUGCAACACCCGCAAGUCGAAAGUUACUGGGGCAACGUCAACCCCAUCGGGAUUUUUGAUACAUAUGAGCUAGUUUUGAGGGGGGGGGAAACGUUGACAAUGGACUAUCACAGAGGAGCUGGCGUUGAGGUGAGGAUUGCUAGGAUCUUUAACACCUAUGGACCUCGUAUGUGCAUUGAUGAUGGUCGAGUUGUUAGUAACUUUGUUGCCCAGGCUUUGAGAAAGGAACCACUGACUGUUUAUGGCGAUGGGAAGCAGACAAGAAGUUUUCAAUAUGUAUCUGAUUUGGUUGAGGGCCUGAUGCGGUUGAUGGAAGGAGAACAUGUUGGACCUUUCAAUCUUGGAAACCCUGGUGAAUUCACUAUGCUUGAACUUGCACAGGUGGUUCAGGAAACCAUCGAUGCAAAUGCUAAGAUAGAAUUCCGGCCCAACACAGAGGAUGAUCCCCACAAGAGGAAGCCAGACAUCUCAAAGGCGAAGGAGUUUCUCGGUUGGGAACCAAAAGUACCUCUACGGAAGGGUCUUCCAAUGAUGGUCUCCGACUUUCGGCAACGAAUUUUUGGAGAUCACAAGGAAAAUGCUGCCUCGGCAUGAUUAAGAUUUUCUAUCUAUGCUUAGCUAAAAAGAUUGUUGAAUCCCAGCAUCCAACAAGGAUAGCAGGUGCACUCUGUAGAAUCAUGAGCAGCACCUUACUUUCUCUUUCAGCCUUUUGUGGUUAUUUUAGAAUUUGUCUCUUUUUAUUUUAAGUGCUAUUUGCAGUCAUAAAUAACAUAUAACAAAAUUUCAAUGGAUCAGUGUUGUUUACCUAGUGUGACCUGUAUUGGCACCCAAAAAGGAAUUGAAUGAUUCAUUGUAUAGAAAUCGACUUAAUAUUUCUUCACAUUUAAA